GUUCAGGCUUUCGACUGUUCCAAAAAGGAAGAUGCUUUUAGAAUAUCCCAUUUCAUUCACUUGCCUUCUCUAUCUCUGAUCCCAUCCUUCUCUUCUCUACUGCAUUACCGAUCAUCUUCCUCAAACCAACAAAUCCUCUUGUCCUCUCCCUCUCUCUCUCCCCCCCUCUUUUAUAUAUUUAUUCAUAACCUCCUUUCCUUCUCUUCAACUCAUCGUCGCUUUUCUCGUGCCCAAAACCCUCUUUUUCUAAAUACCAACUCACAACAAAAUCAUGGCGACCCACCUUUCUCUGCUCCAACAAGAACAGCUCAUCGAGAAGCUUGACAUCUUCAAGAUCCAUGGCAAAGACAAACAGGGCAGGAAAAUUCUUCGCAUUCUUGGCAAGUUCUUUCCUGCUCGCUUUCUGAGCGUUGAGGCGUUGAAGAAGUAUCUGGAGGAGAAUAUAUUUCCUCGGCUAUGCAAGAAGCCGUUUUCGGUGUUGUACGUGCACACGGGAGUUCAACGGAGCGAGAACUUUCCUGGAAUCUCAGCCCUGCGAUCUGUCCACGAGGCGAUCCCGGUCAACGUCAAGGAUAAUCUCCACGCCAUUUACUUUGUCCACCCGGGCCUGCAGGCCCGUCUCUUCCUCGCCACCUUCGGCCGUUUUCUUUUCAGCGGAGGGUUGUACGGGAAGUUAAGGUACAUCAGCAGAAUUGAUUAUCUGUGGGAGCUGAGAGAGAGUGAGCUGCCGGAGUUUGUGUACGAUCAUGAUGAAGAUCUGGAGCACCGACUAUGGAUGGACUACGGAUUGGAGAGCGAUCUUCCGAGGGUCCACGGUGCACCCGCGGUUGACUCACCUGUUUCACUCUACUCCAUGAGGUGCAUUUCAUAGAGAAAGAGAGAACGCAUCUCUUUUACUGUGUUUAGCACUUGACGAAAUUAUAGGACUUGUAUUUACUUUGUUUCCGUCUGUAAAUUUUGUAAAUGAAAUCCAAAUUUGCUUCUAGGGUU